GAAUACCAAGAAACAGCAGAGAAAAACAAGGAAAAAAUUAGUGUCCUUGAAAAAAGACAGGAGAAAUUGACCCUUGAAAAUGUUUCAGUGAAAAAUACAUUAAUGCAGGUUCAGAAGGAGCAUUCAUCUCUCCUGGCAGCCUGUGCACUAUUGGCAGGUGCCCUGUAUCCUCUUUAUGGCCGAUUAUGUGCUAUGUCUUCCCAAAAAGACCUUCUCCAAAAUCAGGUCAACAUUUAUGAAUUAGUGAACCAGGAGAUUAGAACCCUAGUUCAUGCUCUCUCUGAUGUAGAGGAAAAGAAUCAAGAUGAAGAAAAACUGAAGAAAAGAAAAUUCAGGGGACUUAUUUGUGUAUUCCGAAGAUGUGUGAUUGCAGUUUUGGCAGUUAACAGACUUAAAAUUUUAGCCCAGUAUUCUAGUACCCUCUUCUCCUGGGUAAGCAGCUUCAAAGAAGGAAUUGGACUUCUAGUUUGUAUAGGAGACUCCAAAGGCAAACAUAAUCUGUCAAGUCAUGAAGAGGAACACGUUCUCUGUGUUGAAGCACUCAGCUGGUUUACUAGUUCCAACCUCCUUGCUGCAAUAAUCAGUUCUGUUGAUGAAUUAUUGGAUGUUGUCAACAAAACAGAUCCAAAGCGCUGGUUUUCUGGAUGCUUACUUGUAAGUGCAGCCAGGAACUCCUUUUCAAAACUUAUGGACAAACUGAAUGUAAUAAUGGAGCCAGUUCCGCUAGACAGCAGCAGGAGCAUUACUUAUCUGGAGAAAGACUUCUUGGUACAGAGGCUGGCUCAUGGACUUCAUGAAAUAAAUAACCAGGCCCUGGAAGCUGGACUGUGUGUCAGACUGCCCAUUAUGAAAAGUAUAGCACACUUGCAGACGCAAAUAUUUGAAUUUACACAAAGACUUCAUACAGCAGAGGUGGAACGGCGCUCACUACGCCUAAAACUUGCAGAAUUCAAAUGGAAUUUCAGUGAGAUGAAAAAAGAAGCUGACAAAGCCCAGAGCCUGCAAGAGCAAUUAAAUAUAUUUAAGCAAUCUAAAUUGAUCACCCAUGAGAAGUUUGAAAGCGCAUGUGAAGAACUGAAUAAUGCAUUACAUCGGGAGCAUCAGGCACAGGUGCUUUUGAAUGAACAGGCGCAACAGCUACAGGAGUUAAACAGUAAACUAGAAUUGCACUCCAGUGAAGAAGCAGAUAAAAACCAACUGUUAAGUGAAACUAUAAAGAGACUCUCCGAGGCAAAGAUGGAGCUGAGAAGAAAAGAUCAAUCUGUGCGUCAGCUCAAUAGACUUCUUACCCAGCUGGAGCAGGACAAGCGUCGACUGAAAGAGAGCAUCCAUGAUGCAGAGAGUGCCCUCUGCAUGGCAGUGAAAGACAAAGAGUUGAUUAUUAGUCAUAUGAAAUCUGUGGAAGCCACUCUUCAUAAGGUCAGAGAUCAGACCUUGCUGUCACGGACUGCGGCAACCAGGAAUGACUUCACCCUGCAGCUACCCAAACUGCACCUAGAGACCUUUGCAGUGGAAGGGCUGAAGGGCAGGCCAGAGGUUGUAGCAUUUCAG